AUGACCCAUCUGGAACAGCACCGCAGUUCGAUCAGUUCAGCCAAGAGUCCGUGUCUGUCACGCCAGGGUACGCUGCGUUCAUCGCACCGGCGGAAGAGCAGUCUCGGCGCAUCGCUCAACCUGAGCCAGGGUCGCCGAAGUCCGAGCAGCAUGCUGAACGAUCGAAGUCCAUCCGGACGUCCAAAAAGUCCCAACCUGCUCAUUACCGAUCAAGCGUAUGCGUCCAGCUUCGAUCGACGGUCACCGACGGCGAUGUCCUUCUCGGGACGCCGCAGUCCAUCUGGUCUACGGUCACCUUCCGGUGGUCUGCGGUCGCCUUCCGGACGUCGUAGCCCACUCGGCUUCAACCUGCAGUCGGAGUACUCGGAUCUGCUGCAAAGCCAGCAGGAACGAUUCAGCCCCAACUCGCUCAGCAGCCACCAGUCGGCGAGUGGACCGGAUCGGCGUACGAGCCCAACCAUCCAUCUACCUCCAGAGCGUAGUCGCAGUCCGGUCGGGUUCGGGUCCCGGCUCGGAGGCAGCCUGUACGGGCCAGGAUCGGAGUCUCGCUCGUCCCGCACCAGCCCCACCACCCUCGGUACCAUUCCGCCGAUCACCAUCUCCAAUCCCUCGGAGACGUACGAGAUCGUACAGAAGUCUAUCGAAACGAACCAACAGCAGCGCAGCCCCAAAAGUCCCAAGAGCCCCAAAAGCCCUAUGAAACCCGACCCGGGUGCGGUUGGGUCGGCGCCGGAAAAAAAAGAGAAAACGAGCGUCAUGAAGGAGAUACUAGCGUUCGUGCGCAAACCCUCGAAGAAGGUAACCACACGCACGAGCAAAUUUGCAGCCGCCUUCACGCGCACCGAAUCUACCACCGGCGCGCCUCUGUUGCGUCAGAGCACGUUCUCCAGCAUUCAGAACUCAUCCAGCUGCGCGGGACGGAAUGCGAUCACGAAACAGAUGUCGGAGAUUGCGUUCGAACCGAUCAUGUCGUCGCUCAAGUGGAAGAAUGUCGGAUCCAAGAUGUCGCUGAAAUCGCUCAAAAAGCUAUCCCAAGGUAUGAGCGUUACCUCGGACGGGCGCUCGCGGGAUAAGCGUUCCAGCGGUGAUGAGGUGAGCGAUGUCGAGAGUAGCGAUGGAACAGCGGCCACCACCUCAGCCGGCAUUGCUGGUGGGCCGGAUGCCGUGUUUGAAGUGCUCGAGAGCGUUCAUUUUGAGAAGGUCGGCGAAGCGUACAUCAAGCACGAUCAGAUACGGGAGGAGGAAAGCCCCCGAGGCUCCCAGGAUAGUGCGGCCGGUAGUGAUGAUGAGGGGCGCAAUGGCGCGGACAGUGGUCGUCUCAGGGUGACGGCUGUCAGUGAGAUCAAAAAGUCUCUGGAGGCUCUUUUUACGCGCCAGGAACCCAUUGAUGAGGCGGGUGAGAUAGGGAUGGGCCGGGAACCGGACGCUAUCCAGUGUCCGACGUUUGAAAUUGAACCACCCUCGAGAAGGGCCUCGUUCGAUCCACCUCGAUCACCGUUCCUAGAGAAUCUGCGUAGUCUCAGUGAUACCGAUCACGAGGGAACGCAUCAUAGCCGGCUGGAUUCGGGUGGAGAUAGUUUCGAAAUGAUCGACACCACGGAUCGAAUGCCGGGCUCGAGUGUUUCCGGUGAUCGUCACUCGUCGAUGGACACCAGCUUCGAUAUCUCACGCUAUCAAUCAACCAGCUACGAGGAUCAGAACUCCAGCUUCGAGCUGGUAGAGCUGGACAACUCCCAGCGCGGUGACAAAACUCUCUCCCCGUUCGACAUUCGCAAAUCGUCGAUCGAGCUGGUCGAUGCAGAAACCUUCCAACGUUCCGGCUACCCCGAAGGUCGCAAAUCUUCGCUCGAAACGCACUUCGAUCUGGCCGACAGCUAUCAACAGCAUCACCAGCAACGCUCCGCUAGUCCCCGAUCGGCGUUUUCCGUCAUCUCAAGCUCGCGGGCUCCCACCCGCAAGCAGAUCUCCGAACCGGGACGCUGUCGGGACUCACUGCCAAGAUCGGGUACUGGGCCAUCUACCAGCACCGGCAUGAAAACGCACUAUUCGGCACCUCAUCGUGCCAAGUCACCGCUCUCCAACCAGACCUCGUCCAACUUCAGCUCGCGCGACAGCUACGACUCGAUCUUUGAGUCUACCGGUCCACCGCCUCACUACCACUCCCAGCAGAGGAGUCCCUACUCGUCAUCCGACCCGAAGCAACACUUUCCUCUGCCACCGCGCAAAUCGUCGAACGAGUCGCCCCGGUUCCUCUGCACCGACAAGCGUUGUGCCGCCAUCUUCGAACCGCGUCCAUCGGUCGGUUCGAUCGGGCCGGUCGGUACGGUUAUGGCGGGGACGGCGUCCGGUCGGCUGUCAUCCUGCUACCUGGACACCUCGAGCGGCAGCGAGUUUGAACCACCGUCACCGCGCCGUGCCGCCAGUGCCUCACCCAAGCACACCUUCACCUUCCGGAUCGUGCUGAAGAAGGUGGACAGCUCGCCGGACGCGAUCUGUCCGUCCGCCGAACGGCGCCAGCUGCGGGAAAAGGCCGAAAGCCGCCACAAACGGCGCGACAGCCGCCGGAAGAAGCUGCUCGAAAUAGGGAAAAGUUUCUAA